AUUAUGAUGUGCUUAAGGAAUGUGAAAAAGAAACUAGGCCACUUAUUCAAUGGUUGCAUGCAACGUGCUACAUGUGAUUGCUAAUCCAUUGUAUUCAGAUAGGCAUAAGUGGUUUGGUCUUUUCUUGGAAAUUGAUUAAGGAGCCAGAAUGCCGCUUUUAAAGCGGGUAAUACAGCCAAGCUAUGUGUCCCGGGUGCCUCUCGUCCCAGAGUGGGUGCGGGACGAGUCCGGCCAUGUUUUCCCCGCCCUCAUGCCUGCCACUGAGCCGCCUCAAGACUUGGAAGCCUUCACCAACCUUUCCCUCUCAAAUCUCAUCUCUCAGCUGUCAUCGCUGUCUAAACACGCUGAAGAUCUCUUUGGAGAAAUGAUAGCAGACUCUACUGCUAUAAUGGAGCGUACCAUCUCACUCCAAGGCCGAGUUGAUAAACUUGCUGUCAAGGUUAAAAAUCUUGACAGUAACGUUGAAGAAGUUUCUCUACAAGACAUCCACAUGCGAAAAGCUUUCAAAUCAUCAAUGCUGUUUGACCAACAAGUGGUCAGUCGAGACACAAUCCCGGCUGCCAUGCUUGAUAUAUACAAUCAUUGUGACCAGCCUCCUCCGCUUGAUGAGCUCAACCCUUACAGAGAUGACGGUAAGGACGGUCUCAAGUUCUACACAGAUCCUGCUUACUUCUUCAACCUGUGGCGCGAUGAGAUCACCAAAGAAACUGAACAGAUUAAGGAUAACAAAAAGAAGCCUGGCAAACCCAAAGGCGAUGGUCGGAAAAAGAACAAAAUUCGACAGGCGAACACCACGCGCAUCGACAAGCACAAGCAGCAAGCCAUUGAGAAAGGAGAACACAUCCAUGGCGUCCAUUACAAGACGCCUGCGCAGGUAUGCGUCUCUGUUAUUGCUGCUGAAACAGAAUUAUUGUAG